AUGGCGGAGGAUCUACGCUGGCGCUCUUCCAUGCUCGCGAUACACGUAUCAGACCUCGCCGCACUCAAGAACCUCGUCUCCCGCCUGCUCGACCCACAUCGUCACGACGAUGAGGCGGACGACUACGAGACGAUCGUGCCGGCGGCCGCGCGCGCCGUCACCGGCCGGCUCCUCGACACGCGCAUGCUCAACUGGAGCAACCAGCUGCUGAUCUCUCUCUCCGAGGCGAUGGCCGCGCACCGCUGGUCCGACGCCGCCCGUCUACUCGCCGUGCUCAUGCGCCAGACCGACUUGAGGUCGCGCGCGGGCACCGCCGCCGUGUGGCGCGCGGGCAUAGAGUCGCUGCUGCGGCUGCGCGCGAGCGAGGGGGCACUGGCGAUGCUGAUGCGGCAUGCGCAGGGGGCGCUGCACGAGGAGGCGCCCGAAUACGCCCUGCUCUACAUCCUGCAUCUGCUGCGCGAGGGACGCAUCAACGAGCUCCACCAGGCGUUCGGCGCGGUGGCCGCGGCGCCGCCGCCGCAGGAGAGCAGCGGCACGGCGCGCACGCGGGCCGUGCGACGCGCGCUGACCGCGUACCGCGGCAUGACGCAGUACGCCGAGUGGCUCAUUGACCGGCAGCAGCUGCGGACGCUGGCGGCGGCGGCAACGACGGCGGCGGAGACGGAGACGGGCGGCGACUACCUGUACGAGACGCAGAAGAUGGGUCACGAGGAGUCGCUGCGCAAUCACGCCGAGAUGGCGAUGGUCGCCUUCGAGAAGCUGCUCGACGAGCCGGGCGUGUGCGACGCGUUCGUGACGAAGUACGUGCAUCUCAUUGACAGCUCGCAGCAGCACCUGAGCGUGUCGAGCGUCGACGUGCUGCGCCGCUACAGGACGCGGAAUCCGGACAACCCGAACGCGCACAGGUACCUGUACGCGGCCGUGGCGAAGCGCGGAGCCACCGCCGCCGAACUCUUGGACAUACUCGAAGGGUAUGCAGAGGUGAACCCGUCAGAUGAAUUGAUGUUAGAUUAUGUAGAUCUCCUCGGUGACGACGAUGCUGUGAAGAAGAUGGCAGUGUUGUUUGACAUGCUAGAUUACGCCGCGUGGCAGCACGACAGGCGGCCGUGGCAAAAACUCAGCGACGUUCUCCUUAGCGUCGGUUCAGAGGCGGAGGUUGAAGGUGCCCUUGACCUCUGGAUAGAUAGGAAAUCUUGGUGGCCUACUUACCACUUUACAGAGUUUCAUGCGAACGGUGACGAUCUUUUGUUGUUAGUCAGCAAAGCUGUAGUUGCGGUCAUUUUGGGUGAAAGUGAAUCGAAGUUCUUAAAGAAAGCUUAUCAGCAAAUUCUUGCAGAUCCUGAUCUUGAGAGUAAGUUUCAGCUUGCAGUCAAUGCUAGGAAUCGGGCGUGGGGGAAAUUGUAUGAUAAAGUGAGUAGCAGCAUAAUAACUUGACAGUAACAUCUCUGAGAAAGCAUCUUGCAGAUCCUAAUCUUGAGAGUUAGGAAUCUUCAGCUUGCAGUCAGUGCUAAAAUUCGGGUGUAGGGAAAAUCUUAUGAUAGUAUAUAAAUUUAGGAGCAUAAUAACUUGACAAUAACAUCUCUGAGAACGUAAAUUUAAUAGUGUAAUAAAUUUAGAGCUGUGACCUAUUGUUGGCAUGAUGUCGUGGGACCUACUCCUUUAGUAUAUUGCAAGCAAAAAAUUGCUGUAUUAUAUUGUGUUGUAGUUACAGUGUUGAAAUAAACCCGUUAAUAAAAUGUC